AAUACUAAAUGGGAAUUUUAUUAUGGGACAGAAAGACUAUAAGGUUUUACUUUGUACUAAUUGUAUGUUACAAGUAUUCUAUUCCCAAAGUUGUCGAUUUGGAUUAGUUAUGUACACGCUUUCAGUUAUGAGCUAGAACUAGACCUGGCAAAAUGGUCGGUCAGGUCGGGUUCGGGUUCGGGUUAUUUUGGCUUCGGAUUACUUCGGGUUCAAGUCUAAGAGUGCUUGUUCAUGACCCAGAGUUAUCGGGUUCGGGUUGACCAACGGGUUAAGAUGCGUAUUUAGAAAUUAAAAUUUUUGCUAUUUAGAGAUCAUGUGAUCCGAGCAUUAUUCAAAACAAAGAACGAAAUCAUAAAAGUUUGCAAUUCUAUUUGCAACAUACCAAAAGAGAAUUGCAAUAUAUCCAAAAAAAUCACCUUUUUGCAGCAUACCAAAAAAAUUGCAUUAGAUGAAAAAAAUUGAAGACAUGCGAGAUGGUGAAGGUAGUCUAUGAACUGAGUGGUCAAAUUUGGAUAUGAAACGAGUAUAUGUGAAAGCUUAUAUGUAGUUCGAUUAGAUAUGUAUAUAGUUAGAUUUGUACACACUACAAAUAAUGGUGAUGUAGAAUGCACUUGGAUCAAUUUUAUACUUCCCAACAGAUUUAAUAUCAUUACUUUGUUUUGUUGUUAAGCAUCCCAUGUUAUCUUCCAUGCUAAUUCAUUUGCGUGUAUAAAGUGUGUCAGUGUUUUUGAUUGGCGUGCUCUCUUGCUUGAUUGCAGGCAUGGAUGACAAAACACAUGUAAUCUGUAUGGAGGUUUGCAAGUUUCCAAGUUGCUAAAACUUGAAUAACCUCAUCACUUGUCCCAUUGCCCUACACAUUUCUUUGCCUGCACACAGGCGAUCAUACCGGGAAUGUUAUGGAGUUCUAGACGCCUCUUCAAGCUUUCAACAAAAUCCCAGUUUCUUACCUCAAUUCAUAUUAUUUCUCCAGGAUAUGAUAUUCUGUUUGAUACUCUUCACAAUCAUUUCUCCUCUGUUCCAGGGACUUCCAGAAUUAUCCUCACCCCACAAGUUGUACAAUCCACUCUAUUGAAUUGCAAUUUUGAUCUAAUUUCUCUUUGUUUCUUCAUUUGGUGUGCUAAGCAACCCAAUUACUUUCACAGCAGAGGAGCUUUUGCACACAUGGUUAAUGUAGUCUCUCGGCUCACUCAGCGGUUAGGGACAUUGAAAGGAGUUCUUGAUGAAUUGGUGAGUGUGGGUUCUGUGAUAAAGCCACAGGUUUUAUUGCUCUUGUUGAGAAUUUACUGGCUCGGAGGAAUGCACGAUUUGGUUAUUGAGGCUUUUGGGGAGAUUCUCAGGUAUGGCUACACACCAAAUACUUUUGCUAGGAACAUAUUAAUUGAUGUGUUAUUCAAGAUCGGGUGUGGGAGUGUAGCACUUCAAGUUUUGAAGGAGACGUUGUACCCAAAUUUCUUAACCUUCAGCAUUGUUGUGUGUAAUCUAUGCACACUCAAAGAUUUGGUUAAUCUCCAAUCUGUACUUAGGAGCAUGUUGAGGAAAGGAUAUUAUCUUAACCCAGAGACAUUUUCAUCCGUAUUGAGCUGUUAUUGCAAGUCAGGUCAAUUAUCAAAGGCUACACAAUUAUUAAGCCUUAUGAUUGUCUUGGGAGUUCCUUCCUCUGUCACUGUUUGGAGCAUUUUGAUUGAUGGAUAUUCUAAAUCCGGCAAUCUUGAUUUUGCCGGUCAAUUGCUUGCUAAGAUGGUCUCUAGUGGACAUAAGCCUACUGUGAUUGUCUCUCAAAAAUGGGGAGCUAUGAUGAUGCAAUUAUCAUUUUCUGUAGUUUAGGUGAACGUGGACUGACCCCUGAUUCUUAUACACUUGCCUCAAUCAUGUCAACUUUGUGUUUAUGCAAGGAGUUCACCCUCUUGCCUGUACUAAUCAGUGGAUUAGAGAUAAUACCCGAUUUAGUUGUGUGUAACUCAUUUCUGAGUUUCUAUUGCAAAGCUGGUUAUCCUCGUGGCGCUGUUGAGUUUUAUAAUGACAUGAUGCAUAGAGGUUUCCUACCCGAUAACUAUACAUUUGCUGGAUUAUUGAGUGGGUUAUGCAGGGUAGGCAAGAUUACUCAGGCAGUUCAUGUGUAUCAGGGAAUCAUAAGAGUCAACUCAGAAUUGAUGCUCAUAUUCACACUGUGGUCGUUAAUGAACUUAUUAGAGCUGGUGAAUUUCAUCAAGCUAUCAGAUUAUUUCGGAAUGCCGUGGCCGAGAAGUCCCAACUGGAUGUUGUUUCAUAUACUGUUGCCAGUGACGGACUAGUCAAAGCCAGUCAUGUUAGAGAUGCGUAUGUUUUAUUUAAUGAGAUGAAGGACAUCGGUUUGGCUCCAAAUAUAUACACUUACAGUGUGAUGUUGUCUGGAUUGUGCAAGGAUGGAGAUCUUGGAACAGUAAAAAAGCUGCUUGCCGAGAUGAUUGAUGGAGGCAUUAAGUUCAACCAUAUUAAUUUAGGUUGAUGAAGAACAUUUUGAGAAAAAGGUGCCAUUCAAGCUUAGUCCCCAAGUUACUAUGGGAGUUGUGGGAUUCUGGGUGUGUUCCUAAGAAUACACCGGCACCCGUGUUUGAUAAAGAUGUUUAUGAUUGGAAUGCUAAGGAUUUUUAUUUUGAUUACCCCUCGCUUGUUCGUGACGACACAUCCAGCUCUGAAGACAUUCCUGAUGUAGCUGCUUCAGUUGGUUGAUCGUGGUUGAUUCUCUGUCGCAAAGCUUCAACUGAUUCCCGCCCUGAAGUUUUGUUUUGAAUUCUCUAUGAGAAUGAAAAGCACCUCGGUCAGAGAACAUUCUCCCUUUUUCCAAAAACCAAAAUCAUGUCGCAUCGCGGUACACCUAUGUAAUUGUGGUAAGAUUGCGCUGUGUAAUCUGGAGCAUUAUUACUAUCUCUUUUUAGCGGAGAAAACCUAAACCACCAGUAUAUUCUCUCGUUGUUCUCUGUUUUCUCCCAAUUAGAAAUUAAGCAGAGAAAACCUAAAUUGCCGUCUCCAAUUUUGAUCUCGCCACCCAUGGGAAUACUCUGAUGGUGCUAGGGUAGAUGAUGGCAACCUUGAAGCAAGAACUUCCCACUCCCUUGAGCCUUGAGAGAGCGUCAAUGGGACUAUUAUCGAAGAGAAAGUUGAAGAUGUCUGCAAGUUGUUUGAUGAAAUGCCAUAAAAAAGCCAGUUUUGUAAAACUCUUCAGUUCAAGAAGAAUAGGGAUGCUGACUCUAAAAUGAAGUUCUUCAAGUCGAGAAAACCCAUCCCAACAGAGCAGUAUCCUUAAUGAAGACGUGCUUCCUGUUGAAGAGGAGUCUAGGGAGUGGCUUGUGAUGGGUGAAGCAUUGGGAAUAUAAGUACAAGGAGGAACUUAAAUAUGUUGUGGUAUUCUCAUGCUAAAUUUUAGUUUGUUAUAUUUUUGAACUUUCAUCGAAGUUCUUUUUCAGUAAUAUAGGUUGACCUAACAUUUUAGCAUACAUGAGCCUUUUUUUCGUUCUAGCAUGCUAUAUGUCGAAACUGUUGAUCGAUCUCGGCUACUAAUGGAAAUAAUCUAAAUUAUGGGGUAAUGGGUUUUUUAUGUUUCAACAGAUUAAAAUAUACUCUGUAGGAUUUUUAAGGCAGGAUGGAUGCAUCGUUAUUUUUUAUGUUGUGCGACUAUAACCGGAGCUUUCAAGCACCAUCAAGUGAUCAACAAGGAUUGAUGGUACGUGUUUUCCAACACACUUUUACAAGAAAUAAAGAGGUUAGAUUCUUUUUUAAGUUUCAGGUUAGAUUCUUUUUUAAGUUUCAGGUUGUGAUAUGUUAUUCUAUUUGCUUAUUUGUAUUUCUCUCUAUGUUUUUUGCUUGAACUGUCGAUGAUGAUAUUGUCUGGAAAAAGCCAACUUGUAAGGGUUCUGUAGCGUAUACUUUUCUUGUAUGAAGUGAAUUGUAGCCCACAGCAGAUCGAACACUUCCCAUUCUUCCAAUUUGAGUUGUACCUAGAAUUAGUUUUAA